UCGCGACCUCGUUAGACCGUACUAUGGGUACGACAAGAGGCGCCAUGGCUCGCGGCCAAGGCUGUCAGUGUCCUCUUACGCGGUAGGUGUUGCGCUUCACCAUACUUCUCCCGCCAUCAACGAUCUCUUUCUAGCAUCGGUCUCUGCUGGAGCGAGUGAAGGAAGUGCAGCAUCGCACCGAAAUCUGUAUACAGAGAUGCACGCCGAACAAUAGACAGACAGACCGGGCUUCACCAUGUCUGUAGACAAGUCCUCUACGCCGGCCAGCAUGGCGACCCAAGCAGCGACCGCUCCUCACAUCAACACAAACCACGAUAUAGCAUCCGUACAGCCGACAAUACGCGUAACGAAACGACACGAUCGAAGUACUCUGAUGUUCCUUCUUCAACACCUGAUCAAGCCCUUCUCUUCGAGAUUGAUCUCCUCUAGCACCGAGCACCCCGCUGGGUCACCUCAGUUGACACCACAUGCACAAGCCAGAAAGAGAUGUGACGUUCGCGAGCGAAAGGUCGAAGACAUUUACCUGUACGAUCUUACCCCAAAAGACCGUAAAACGGGUGUGACAAAGGACAGGAGUAUUUCUGUCACAGAAGAGAAGAAGCGCAAACGCAGGAUAUAUUACUACUCAGGUGGAGGCUGGCAAAUGCCCGCGAGCAGCGAACACUGGUACUUUGUCGCCGAGCUCGCUCAACAGCUGCACCCGCACGGUUUUGCCAUUACACUGGUCUCCUACCCGCUGGCCCCAAACAGCGCUGCACCGAUCUCCUUCCCCGCCAUGCUCAAACAAUACCGCACACUAAUGGAAACGGCGCAAAACGAGGAUGAAGAUGUCAUCCUUGCAGGAGACUCAGCAGGUGGGAACAUCGUCCUCGCACUCGUCAUCUCCGCUCUCCUCGAAGACGCAGAAGAGAGGACAGCACGUCCUACAGCGAAAGCCGUCAUGGCUAUUUCCCCUUCUACGGACCUCCGCCGCUCGAAUCCAGAUAUGCACACCAUCGCUUCGAAAGAUCCGAUCCUCAAAAUACCGUUCGUCAAAUCUACAGCGGAGAAAUGGUGCGGGAAUUGGCCGCCCACGGAUAUCAGAGUCAGUCCGUUGCAUUCUUCAGUGGAUGUUUUGAAGACGCGGGGAGUGAAGGUGCAUGGCGUAACAGGGGGGUAUGAUAUCCUUGGUCCGGACGCGAUUUUGAUGCGGGAGAAGUUGAGUCAGGCGGGCGUGGAAGGCGAGUGGUUGGAUUGGGACAAGCAGAUGCAUGUUUUUCCGUUGAUUUUUCGGUAUGGGUUGAGAGAGGGGAGGGAGGGGAAAGAUUGGAUUUUGGAUGUGCUGAGGAGAUGUUGAAGUGGUGCAGGGUUGGACUGCAAGGUAUAUGUGAAGGGCAUUUCCAAAGGCGUGGAAAGAGGGUUCUGGGCUCAUUUUGGGGAUUUCUAUGUUCUUGCGUUAAAGAGAUACCACGACAGCGAGGCCGUAAAGCAGACGGGAAGCAUCAGAGAUACAAAGCUGCAACGUAUGGACAUGUAUAGAAUAAGGGCUGUACAAUAUGCGUGCAACCAGCGACGG